ACAUCGUCACUAGCCCAGAGUCUCCUCUAUGGUGUCUAAUGCAUGUUUAUAUAAAUUCACACGACGGAAUUUUGCCAGCGUAUGGGUUUGCUGGAACACAAAUGUUAUGAAUUAGCUAUAAACAUCUUGAUAAACAGUUUAAUGAUCAACUUAUAUCUAAGUAAAAUUAAUAUCACCGUCUGUCUUGCAAUAAAGUUAAUGCAAAUAAAUCGAUAUCUAUGGAAGCCCAUAAACACCACGUAAGAAACAAAAUCAUAAUUAUGAGGAGAAGACUGAGAUUGAAGGCACAUUAUUUGUUUACGCCAGGUCGGCGUCUCCUCAUCAUGGCUUCACAAUCAUGAACCGUUUAAGUACAGAAAACUUAGUGGAGCCCAUCAAUAAAGACUUGGAGUUCCAGCUCCAGGACCCUUUCCUUCUGUACAGGAACGGCAACCUGGGCAUCUACAGUAUUUGGUUCUACGAUAAGGCCGACUGCCAGCGGAUCGCACAGCUGAUGCUACAGAUCGUGAAGCAGGAGGCGUUUCGAGCGCAGUGUGUGUCUCCCGACAGAGGCUCGAGUGGCAGGACCAACGGCCUGGUUCAGACCAAACCCACAGAUAUCCUGGAGCUGCUCAGCAAGGCCAAAGAGGAGUACCACAGGAGUCAGUCGACAGAGAGAGAGGUUGAGGUGAACUGUGAGUCUGUGCCGUCACAGGAGAAGAGAGACGAGAUCACGCCAGCUCAACAGGAGAAGUCAGGUCACUCAAUCGUCAAGCAGAUCACAGUGGAAGAGCUUUUCGGCAGCUCUUUCCCUAAAGACCCGUCCAAGUCCCAGUCCCAGUCCCCAGCGUACGGUCCUCCUCUGCUCUCCUGUGACCCGGGCGGCCCGGCGCUGGUCUCUCUGUUCCAGACCCGAGACUCGAGAACGAGUGCUUCACACACGCAAGAGUCGGGGCGGCGAGGUUCGGCUGGUCCUGCAUAUAUGAGUCCUCUCACAGAGGCUCAUGGGAUAGCGGUUCCCCUGCCAGGCUUCAGGCCCGGCCCGCUCAUCACGCCACAGAGCUUCAGAGAGACGGGCUCGUUCCCAGGGAAGAGUCCAGCGCCGGCUCAGGGGAACACGUCCAGCAAUGCCUUCAUGAGUAAAGAGGUGAACGCUUUCACAUCGUCCCCGGCUCUGGUCAAACCCACUCCAGCGGGGCCAGUCGUCCAGGGGGAGGAGUCUUCUCUGCUACUGUCUCCUAGUGUAUUUCAGCAUUUCGUCACCAAGACCCCGGAUCCCCCCAGAAAGCCCCUGUCCCCGACGCCUCCCCCCACAGACCUUCCCACGGCCCACUACAACCGCAACCAGCUGCAGGACACUCUCAUACAUCUCAUCAAGAACGACGCACAUUUCCUCAGUGCGAUCCACGAGGCGUACGUACAGAGCAUCUCUAAAGGCCUCAACAACAUCAACCUAUAGCCACAGUCUCACACACCACGAGCCGUCUCCGCUUCACUGAUUCUUAUUAACAACCCAACAAGCGUCCUGCUGGAAUCCUGAUCCGUCCCCGUCGGCCAAUCAUCACGUCAAUUAUGUUCAGGGACUUGUGCAAUAAGAAGCAUUGGAAAAUCGCUUUUCGUUUACGACGUACGGAUGUGAUCCAGUAUCCCAGUCUCAGUGGUGUUUUACUAUUAAACCAGUAUGUUUGAGUGUCAUAUUGAAAUCUGGAUUUGAAGAGUAGGAGGUGCACUUAUUAACUCACUCGUUUAAUUUGGGCUUAUAAAUCACAAGUGCAUAAAUUAGAUUUCCCCUCGAUAACACUUUCUGUAGAUUUUUUAAAUUGCAGACCGUAAUAUGAAAUAUUAAAUGGUUUAUUUAAAGUCAGAUGCAUCGACAUUUCUGUGUUAUCGGCUAGUUUAAGACGUCACUCUGGUGAUGGUUUCUGUGUGAAGCGCAGAAGAAAUAGACCGGAUCAUUUAACAGGUGUGUUUAAUUUCAUCAGUAAAAGUAGAAUGAACUGUUCCUGCGCACUGACUAGUUCAUCGUUUGCUUGUUUGACAGGAAUUGUAUUUUUUUUUUAACAUGCACAAGGCUUAUUGUGUUUACACUUAAGAAAUAGGAACUUUUUUUGUACAGUUUGCUUUCGAUUAUCAUAGAGAAUUUUAAAACCUCAGCACAAAUGAAAGUUGAUCCAGUAUUGUACACGCAAUGAACUCGCAAACGCAUCAGGAUUCUCUGUUACAGUGGUUUGUCUUUUGAGUUGAUGUGCAAAUAAACUAUCGCCAUAAUUUAGGU